AUGUCCCGUUAUCGAGGACCUCGUGUAAGAAUAAUACGUCGUUUAGGAGUUUUACCAGGACUAACUAAUAAAACACCACAGUUAAAAUCUAGUUCUGCUAAUCAAUCGACAGCUAAAAAAAUUUCUCAGUAUCGCAUUCGUUUAGAAGAAAAACAAAAAUUACGUUUUCAUUAUGGAAUAACAGAACGACAAUUACUUAACUAUGUACGUAUUGCUAGAAAAGCAAAAGGGUCAACAGGUCAAAUUUUAUUACAAUUACUGGAAAUGCGUUUAGAUAAUAUUGUUUUUCGAUUAGGUAUGGCCCCUACAAUUCCUGGAGCAAGACAAUUAGUAAAUCAUAGACAUGUUUUAGUCAAUGAUUGCAUAGUAGAUAUACCAAGUUAUCGCUGUAAACCUGAGGAUUCUAUUACUGUAAAAAACCGACAAAAAUCUCAAGCUAUAAUUACUAAAAAUAUAGAUUUUUCUCAAAAAUCCAAAGUACCAAAUCAUUUAACUUUUGAUUCUACACAAAAAAAAGGAUUAGUUAAUCAAAUACUAGAUCGUGAAUCAAUUGGUUUAAAAAUAAAUGAAUUAUUAGUUGUAGAAUAUUAUUCUCGUCAGGCUUAA